AUGCAUCCCUGCCUAAAGGCUAGGGGUACGCCCCCCCCUUCCCCUUCCCCUAACGGGUUCGGGUGCCUAACGGCCUCGGGAGGGAGCGAAGACGAAUAA